AUGGCGAAAGCCGUCUUUGUCACGUAUUUAAUCGCUAUAACGAGUUGUUUAACAACUGCUUAUAAACAAGAUUGCGCCGUUGGCCCGGAAUAUUGGUGUCAAUCAUUUCAAAAUGCUCAGGAUUGUGGUGCACUACGUCAUUGUGCUGACACUGUUUGGAAAUAUGACGAAAAAUAUACAAGCGUUGAUUCAACAACCAAGUGUGAAUGGUGUCGUAACACUCUGGAAAAUACUCAUAAAGCUAUUGAAAACGUCGCCCACAAUCACGAUUUAGUAUCAACAACAUUGAUUAAUGGAUGUCAAUUAUUACCAUUGGAAGAUGUUUCGACUAAAUGUAAGACUACAGUUGAAAACCAUCAAACCACAGUUCUUGCGUUAAUGGAAAACAAGCGUUAUGAUACAUUGUGCCAUCUGAUGAAUGUUUGUGCAACUGAAACAACUGAAUUAGAUGAAAAUACCGGAACAACAACAGUCGAUGAACAAUCCAAAAUGUUAUGCAAUGUCAUUGUUCGUGUCACAAAAGAAUUACAUGUCAAACAAGGAAAGACACGAAUGGACAUUCAAGCAUUUUUGAAAAACGAUUGUCAACAAUUACCAACGACGCCUUUAACAGAAAAAUGUGAUAGUUUGGUUGAACGCCACGGCAAUGAAAUCUAUGCACAUGUUGCCAGCAAUGUGGAAUCAUCAAAAAUAUGUGACUACCUCGACGAUUCAGCUUUACGAUCUAAACCAGUGGUACGCUGCGAACUAUGCACAUUCGUCUUGGCCAUGGCUAAACGAAUGAUUGAUGCAAAGCAUACUGAAGAUAAAGUAUUGCUCUAUAUCGAUGAACAAGUUUGUUCACGUUUGACUGGUGCAGAGAAGAAGAAAUGCAAAGAAAUGAUUGAUAAUAACGGACGAGAAUUCAUUCGAAAUAUCCAAAGUGGAAUGCAACCAGUGCUUCUCUGCACUCAACUUCAACUUUGUCAUAAGAACAUCGUUGACACAACAAGUCUCGUUCAAAAAGAUGAAAUGCGUUCAUUCCUUACAAAGAACUUAUGUGGACAGCUUGGCUCACUUCAAAGUGCAUGUGAAGCGUUAAUUGAAAAAGACGGUACACGUCUCUUACAGAUACUUACCAAUGAAAUUGAUGGUAAGGAAUUAUGUCACAUGUUUGGAUUAUGUCCAAAGAAAUCGCCGCUUCUCAAUGACUUGGCUUUGAAAGAUGAUCCAAGUAAAUGCAAACGUUGUGUCAAAGAUUUCACUCGCAGAAAACAUAUUGCUGAAAGACUUGUAAAUCGUUCAUCGGAAUUUCUUCAUCAUCUUUGCGGACAACUACCACAACAAGAUGAAUGUAUUAAAUCUGUUGAUGAUUCGCUCAAUGACCUGGUUACAUUUAUCCGAUCAUUGGAUCCACGAGCUAUUUGUGUACAACUGAACAUGUGCGAUCAACAGUCAUUAAUUACAGUUCAAGUCACGGAAAUCGCACCGUUAGAUAAUGUCAUCAAUGAAGAAAUUGUUGAAUUUUGGAAAAACGAUGUUUGUAGUCGGCUUGGUUCUCUAUCGACACUGUGUGUUGAACUCGCGGAAACAGAAGGGUUAAAUCUUUUGAACCUUAUAACAAAGAGUAUCGAUCCAAAUCAAGUCUGUACCAUACUUGACAUCUGUCCAACAAAUCCUGUCAUGAAAACUUGCCAAGAUAAAUGUCAAUGUUGUACAAACAAAGUUGAACUCUAUCAAAAACAACUAGAGAAAUUCAUGCGAACAAUUGUUGCUAGUACACGUGUUAUGUGCGAUCAUGUUCCUGCCCGUGAUAGAUGUCUUCGAUUAGCUGAUAUAUUUGAAUCCAAUGUUGAUAAGACUGUUGCACGUUUUGAUUCAAAACGCGUUUGUGAAUUGUUAAGUUUCUGUUCAAAAUCAGAAAUUGUUACCAGCGACGAACAAUGUGCAACUUGUCAAGCUGAACUUGAUAUUCGUCAAAACCGUUUUCGCACUACAAUCGAUCAAAUGACGCAAAAUCUUUUUUCGUUGUGCUUAGAUGAUUUUUGUCGCUCACAAGUUCUGUCAAAACAACGGGAAUUAUUAGUUGAAGUCGACGAACUCAAAACACAACAAAUCUGUAAACAUUUGGGUUAUUGUUUAGCAGACAGCUCGUUCGAACCAAGCACAACAUUAUUGCGUUUGAAAAGUUUUGUUCAACACCAAACAAAAACACUUGAUGAACGCUUACAAGCGCACAAUAUCUGUUCGGAAUACGGCCAAUUAAAAACAAUGUGUGAACAUUUAAUAAGCUCAGUCAAUGGUCAGCGUUAUGCUCGCAUGUAUACAGCUUUAUUAACCAAUAAUCCCAAAUUGAUUGAUGACGAUUUACGCGAACAAGUAGCUACCGAUGUACAUGCUGAUAUCUGCCAAUCAUGCAAAAAUGCCGUUCAAUCCGUAAAAGAUUUUUGGGCUAGCUCAUUAGAUUCCGUUCGUGAUCUUCUUCUUCGUACAUGUGAUUACUGUUCAGUAAAAGAUGAAUGCCGUGAUUAUUACAAUCGACGGUUCGAUCAAUUCAAAGCUUAUCUCGAUAAUAUCGAUGCUGACGAUUUCUGUAAAAGUCUUCGUCUUUGUUCAACAAUGGGAAUGAAAGAUUUAUCUGCAGAAUCAGAAUUAGAAGAAGUCGAUAAUUCCAAUUCCACUUGCAUUCUCUGCGAGUAUGUUAUGGAUGCUGUUUCAAGUUACAUUCGCGAAGAUUCAACAAAGGAAGAAAUUGAACAAAGUCUUGAAAAAGUUUGCAAUGAAAUGCCAACAACUCUUCGAGAUCAAUGCCAUGAAAUGAUUAGCAACUACGGUCCAUCGAUUAUUGAAACACUCCUCAGCCAUUUCGAACCAGCAACAAUCUGCAAGAGACUCAAUCUAUGCACAAAACAAAUGGAAGUCGAGUUAUCACAUAUCAUCGAAGCCAAUCAAGCCACAUGUGGUGUCUGCGACUAUGUUUCAACAUAUGUCAAUCUCGCAAUGGCACGUGAUUCAAGCAAUCACGCGCUUGAGCACGCGUUAUCUACUGUUUGCUCACAUUUAUCAACCGAACAUCAUGCACCAUGUAGAACAUUGAUCGAAUUAUUUCGACCACAUAUUCGAGAGGCAAAACUCCAUAUGGAUAAACAUUUCUGCAAAGAAUUACCCAUUUGUCAAACACCCAUGACUGAAUUAAAACCAGCCGUUCAUCUUGAUGGUCCGAAAGAGGACGAUGAAACAUUAAAAAACCGUAUACUUCAUAAUUUGGACGCCACACCGCAAUGUACGCUGUGCCAUUAUAUUGUUUCAUAUUUGGAUGCCGUCUUGAAAAAUAACAAAUCAGAAGCAGCCGUCGAAGCUGCACUAUCAACUGUUUGUAUUAUUUUACCAAGACGCGAACGUACUAAAUGUAGUGAAUUUAUUUCAACAUACGGACCAGUUCUUGCUGAACUAAUCACUGAAUUAGCUGAUCCACGGUUGGUUUGUCGAUACCUUGGAAUGUGUCAAGUUCUCCCAGCGCAAGAAUCGAAACCAGUCAUGUAUUCCAAUCAUCAAUACGCUCGUAUACCGGUUUGA